UCCUUUGGACAUUAAGGAGAAAAAUGGAGAGACGUUGUAUGUUCAUUUCCAGUUUUGUGCUGAUAGUUCAGCUUGUUCAAGCUCAAGAUCCCACCGGAUUCAUUAAUGUGGAUUGCGGUUUACCCCUUCGUGAGUCUCCUUACAACUCACUCCCAACCGGUUUAGCAUAUACAUCAGAUGCCGAUUUAGUUAAGAGUGGAAAAACUAGUAGAAUCGCCAAGGAGUUUGAACCGGACUACACUAAGCCGAUUUUGAAACUAAGAUAUUUUCCAGACGGAUUACGAAACUGCUACAAUCUAAAUGUUACCCGGGACACCAAGUAUCUGAUUAAGGCCACAUUCGUAUAUGGAAAUUAUGAUGGUCUUAAUGUCGAUCCAAACUUUGACCUUUACUUGGGUCCGAACUUAUGGACAACAAUGAGCAGUAAUGAUACUAUAGAGGAGAUCAUCCAUGUGACGCAAACCGACUCUUUACAGGUAUGUCUUGUUAAGACAGGAAUUAGUAUACCCUUUAUAAAUGUCUUGGAGCUACGACCAUUGAAGAAAGGUAUGUACGUUACUCAAAGCGGCUCACUUAAAUACGAAUUCAGGAGGUAUCUUAGCAACUCAGAUCGUAAUAUACGGUACCCGGAUGAUAUAUAUGAUCGUAAAUGGUACCCGAUGUUCGUGGCGAACUCCUGGACACAAGUAACUACAAAUUUGAAUGUAAAUUCUAGUAAUCUUUAUGAACUGCCAAAAGGUGUAAUGUCAACGGGAGUAACGCCCCUAAACCCUAACGCGACAUUAAACAUUACAUGGACUAUAGAGCCAUCUACUACGAAGUUUUAUUCCUACAUGCACUUUGCCGAGCUUCAGACCCUAAGGGCCAACGAUACAAGAGAAUUCAAUAUAACAAUGAAUGGGAAAAUUUCAUAUGGACCAUAUAGUCCUAAGCCGCUAAAGACCCAAACCAUAUUCGACAUAACACCAGAGCAAUGCGAUGGAGGGGCAUGCCUUUUGCAGCUUCUGAAGACGUCCAAAUCAACUCUUCCACCUCUCCUGAAUGCUAUCGAGGCUUUCACCGUGAUUGAUUUCCCGCAAAUGGAGACAAAUGAAGAUGACGUUGCUGGUAUCAAGAAUGUUCAAGAUAUUUAUGGAUUAAAUAGAAUCAGUUGGCAAGGAGAUCCAUGUGUACCCAAACAAUUUUUGUGGGAUGGUCUAAACUGCAAUAACUCAGAUAUUUCGACUCCACCAAUAAUCACUUCCUUAGAUUUAUCUACAAGUGGAUUAACCGGGAUCAUCACACAAGCCAUUCAAAAUCUUACCCACCUUGAAAAAUUGGACUUGUCAAAUAACAAUUUGACUGGAGAAAUACCUGGAUUUCUAGCUGACAUAAAAUCACUCUUGGCCAUAGACUUAAGUGGUAAUAACUUAACUGGAUCGGUCCCUCGCUCACUUCUUCAGAAGAAAGGAAUGAAGUUAAAUGUUGAAGGAAACCCUCAUCUUCUUUGCACAGCUGGUUCAUGUGUGAACAAAAGAAAGGAUGGACAUAAGAAAAAGAGUAUCAUUGUACCAGUGGUUGCAUCAAUUGCUUCAGUAGCUGUUAUUAUUGGUGCAUUCGUCAUGUUCCUUGUUCUCAGAAAGAAAAAAGCAUCAAAAUUUGAAGGGCCACAACCCUCAUAUAUUCAAGCGUCAGAUGGUAGAUCAUCAGAACCGGCAAUUAUGACAGAAAAUAAAAGGUUUAGUUACUCAGAAGUUAUGACAAUGACAAAUAACUUCCAAAGAAUCCUUGGGAAAGGAGGGUUUGGAAUUGUAUAUUAUGGUUUUGUGAAUGAUACAAAACAAGUAGCAGUUAAGAUACUUUCCCAUUCAUCAUCUCAAGGGUAUAAACAGUUCAAAGCUGAGGUCGAACUUCUUCUUAGAGUUCAUCACAAGAACUUGGUCAAUCUUGUUGGGUAUUGCGACGAAGGAGAGAACAUGGCUCUUAUCUAUGAAUACAUGUCCAAUGGAGAUUUAAAGGAACAUAUGUCAGGAACACGUAACCGUUUUAUUUUGAAUUGGGGAACUCGACUUAAAAUAGUUUCUGAAUCGGGACAAGGACUUGAGUACUUACAUAAUGGAUGCAAACCACCAAUGGUUCAUAGAGAUGUCAAAACCACAAAUAUAUUGUUGAAUGAACACUUUGAGGCCAAGCUUGCUGAUUUUGGUCUUUCAAGAUCAUUCCCAAUCGAAGGUGAAACUCAUGUGUCGACAGUUGUUGCUGGAACUCCUGGAUAUCUUGAUCCUGAAUACUAUAGAACAAAUUGGCUGACAGAAAAGAGUGAUGUUUAUAGUUUUGGGAUAGUAUUGUUGGAGAUCAUCACAAACCAACCUGUGAUAGACCAAAGCCGUGAAAAGCCACAUAUAGCAGAAUGGGUGGGGUUAAUGCUUACAAAAGGAGACAUCAUAAGCAUUAUGGAUCCCACUCUAAAUGGAGAUUAUGAUUCUGGUUCUGUGUGGAAAGCUGUUGAACUAGCAAUGUCUUGUCUAAAUCCUUCUUCAGCGAGAAGACCUACGAUGUCGCAAGUUGUUAUCGGAUUGAAUGAAUGUCUUGCAGCUGAAAAUUCAAGGGGAGGUGCCAGUAGGGACAUGGACUCGAAGAGUUCUAUAGAAGUGAGCUUGACUUUUGGUACUGAAGUGAGCCCAAGGGCUAGGUAGAUUAUAUGUUUUUUACUACGGAACUAUCUUCAUAUUUCUGUGUCGGAUGUCUCCUUUAUUUAACUUCUGUUAUCGAUACUUUGCGACUUAAAAGUUUA